CGAAGAUGCGGCCGGGGGUUCUGGGUGCUGCGCUGCUUCUGCUGCUGGUUCUCAGAGCCGCCCAGUCGAGGCGCGGAGCUUGGCCGCGCCAUGGGGCUCAUCGUCGCUACACCCCGGACUGGAAGAGUCUGGACGGACGGCCGCUGCCGGCCUGGUACGACGAGGCCAAGUUCGGCGUGUUUUUGCACUGGGGCGUCUACUCGGUGCCGGCCUGGGGCAGCGAGUGGUUUUGGUGGCAUUGGAAGGGCGAGGGGCGGCCCCUGUACGAGUUGUUCAUGAAGGAAAACUACCCGCCCGGCUUCAGCUACGCCGACUUCGGGCCGCAGUUCACAGCCACCUUCUUCGAGCCGAACGACUGGGCCGACCUCUUCCGCGCGGCGGGGGCCAGGUAUGUCGUCCUGACCGCAAAGCAUCAUGAAGGCUUCACAAACUGGCCGAGUCCCGUAUCUUGGAACUGGAACUCUCAGGACCUGGGACCCCAUCGUGAUUUGGUUGGGGAGCUGGGAACAGCUCUCCGAAAGAGGAACAUACGUUAUGGACUUUAUCAUUCACUCUUAGAGUGGUUCCAUCCGCUCUACCUACUUGAUAAGAAAAAUGGCUUCAAGACACAGUAUUUUGUGAGUUCAAAAACAAUGCCAGAGCUGUAUGAUCUCGUUAAUAGGUACAAGCCUGACCUGAUUUGGUCUGAUGGAGAGUGGGAAUGUCCUGAUACUUACUGGAACUCUACAGAUUUUCUUGCUUGGCUCUACAAUGAUAGCCCUGUCAAGGAUCAGGUAGUAGUAAAUGACCGGUGGGGUCAAAACUGCUCCUGUCACCAUGGAGGAUUCUACAACUGUCAAGAUAAAUACAUGCCAGAGAGCUUGCCAGGUCACAAGUGGGAGAUGUGCACCUCCGUGGACAAGUUAUCCUGGGGCUAUCGUCGCAACAUGGUGAUGGCAAGCAUUGCAAGUGAAGAGGAAAUCAUUUCAGAACUGGUUCAGGCAGUAAGUUUGGGAGGCAACUAUCUUCUCAACAUUGGACCAACUAAGGAUGGAGUGAUUGUUCCCAUCUUCCAAGAAAGGCUUCUUGCUGUUGGGAAGUGGCUGAGCAUUAGUGGGGAGGCUAUCUAUGCCUCUGAGCCAUGGAGGGUGCAGUCAGAUAAGAACACGACAUCUGUCUGGUAUACCUCAAAAGGACCAGAUGUUUAUGCCAUUUUACUGCGCUGGCCAGAAGAUGGAGUCUUAUACCUUACAUCCCCUAAAACUACCUUGACUACAAAGAUAGUGAUGUUGGGACUCGAAGGCGAUCUGAAAUGGUCCCCAAAUCCAGUUCAAGGCCUCCUCAUUUCCCUGCCUCAGUUACCACUCUCUGCUCUCCCUGUUAAGUUUGCUUGGACUCUCAAGCUGACAGGAGUGAAAUGAUCAUUUGAGUUCCAGAGAAAGGGGACACUACCUGCUGAUCCCUGCUAACGACUUUAGAUGAAAAAUAAGCCAAGUCACACUAUUGCCUGUGGAAGGAGGUGGACUGGAUUUGACAAAGUGCAUCAAUUGUCACCAACUAUUCCCCCACCCCUCCCAAAGGGCUGGGGAGCCUGGAGGGGAAGGAAAAGGCUUAAGGGUGUUACUGGUCAAUUCCAAAGCAAACUAAGAACUCUUAAAUGCAAUCUGUUUACAAUGAUACCGUUAGGAAAGUGAAUGUGAUUCUGCCCUGUGCCUUUGUAAAUAUCAAAGAAGUAAACUGAUAAGUCAAAUCAUUUCCAUCAAAAAGCAUGUUGUAACUUUAUUUUCCUAGUUUCCGUUUGGAUUGUUUAUAGCUUUAUGAGCACUCUUUUUUUUUUUUUUUUUAAAAAGUCUGCGAAUUCUCCUUAAUACAGAAUAUAGAACAAAGAAUUUAAUCCCUUUGAUUUUUCUUCUCCUCACUUCUAGUACCGUUCUGAGCUGACUAACAAUUCAGCCUCUAAUCACAGGCCUAAUCAGGUUUUCUGUUUCUUUUUUAUUUAAUAGAUGUAUUUCAAAAUCUUUCCCCAACACUUAAGGAAUAUAUAUUUUUUCUCAGGCACAUUUGGAACAUUUACAGAUCUCAAAUACCAAAGAAGCAAUAUCAUAUAGACUAUAUAGUGUGGUUAUAACGUAAUUAAAGCACAAUAACAAAAACUUGGAGGAAAAAAAACUCAUGCUUGGAAAUUUUAAAACAUACUUCUGAAUAGCUCACUGACUCCUCAUAAGGGGAAUUAGAAAAUACUUAGACCCUGGAAUGUGUGGCCCCCAGAUUCUCUAUCAGCCCAGAACUAAAACAGUUUCCAAGGCCAGC